AGGCGUUAAGCUGAAUACUGUCUCAACUAUUGUAAAAUUGUUAUUCAAAAUAUGAAAUAAGUAGUUAGAUUUUCUCGUUUUGAUGAAGAUUAUAACAGCUAUUAUUGCUGUUUAGUAAAUUAUUGAUUUUUUAACUAAAAAUAAAAUUUCGUGUUUGAAAAUUAUACUAAAGCUGUUGUCAAAUUUUGAAUUGUUACUUAUAGUUGGUCAAAGUUAUUAAAAUUUAAUCAUGUCGCUUGUGUGUGCUAUUUCAAAUGAAGUUCCUGAACAACCUGUUGUGUCACCUGUGUCUGGUUCAGUUUUUGAAAGAAGGCUUAUUGAAAAAUACAUUAAAGAAAAUAAUACUGACCCUGUAAAUGGAGAAGAAUUAACUGUUGAACAGCUAGUUGACAUUAAAACUGCCCCAAUAGUCAAACCUAAACCUGUAACUGGUACUAGUAUACCAGCAAUAUUAAAAAUGUUACAAGAUGAAUGGGAUGCAGUCAUGUUACAUGCAUUUACUCAAAGACAACAAUUGCAAACUGCUAGGCAAGAAUUAAGUCAUGCUUUGUACCAACAUGAUGCUGCUUGCCGUGUAAUAGGGCGUUUGACUAAAGAAGUAACAGCUGCUCGUGAAGCGUUGGCUACACUUAAACCUCAAGCUGGAUUAUCUGUCAGUGAUGCAAAUGCUGGACCUACUUCUAUACCUCAACCAGCCAUUGCAAUGGAAGCUGCUGGUGUGCCCAAUCAACCAACAGAAGAAGCUGGCAUUACUGAUGAAAUAAUUAAGAAAUUACAAGAUAAAGCUACAGUUUUGACACAAGAGAGAAAAAAACGUGGCCGUACAGUUCCUGAAGAUUUAAUGGAUCAAGAGUCUUUGAAAUCAUUUAAAACUUUGGCUUCUCAUCCAGGUCUACACAGUGCAAGCGUACCAGGAAUAUUGUCUUUAGAUAUCCAUAGCGAAGAUACCAGUAAAAUUCUUACUGGUGGAAAUGACAAAAAUGCUACAAUUUUCAAUAAAGAUACUGAACAAAUUGUUGCUGUAUUAAAAGGGCAUACUAAGAAAGUUACUAGAGUUAUUUACCAUCCUAACGAGGAUAUUGUAAUUACUGGAUCACCAGAUACAACUAUAAGAGUAUGGAAUGUUGGUGCUUCAAAUCCUUUAUCACAAAUAAUUAGAGCUCAUGAAGGUUCAGUAACUGGUGUAUCAUUGCAUCCUACUGGUGAUUAUGUUCUAUCAACAUCUGCUGAUCAAAAUUGGGCAUUUUCUGAUAUCCGAACUGGAAAACUAUUGACAAAGGUAUCAAGUCAAACUUCAAAUAAUACAUUAACUACUGGUCAAUUCCAUCCUGAUGGCCUUAUCUUUGGAACAGGAACUUCAGAUUCUAAUGUUGUUAUUUGGGAUUUAAAAGAACAAUCAAAUGUUGCUACAUUUUCGGGACAUUCUGGACCAAUAACAGCGAUUUCUUUCUCUGAAAAUGGUUAUUACCUUGCUACAUCAGCUGAUGAUAGUUGUGUAAAGUUAUGGGAUUUAAGAAAAUUGAAAAACUUUAAGACCCUCGUCAUGGAUGAUGGUUAUGAAAUCAAAGAUUUAUGUUUUGAUCAAAGUGGAACAUAUCUUGGAGUUGCCGGAACAGAUGUUCGUGUUUACAUGUGCAAACAAUGGCAAGAGUUAAAAGUAUUCAAUGAUCACACAGCAUUAGCUACUGGUGUUAGGUUUGGAAAGAAUUCUCAAUAUAUUGCAUCUACAAGUAUGGAUAGAACAUUAAAGCUUUAUGGAAUUUAGUUGUAAAAAUUGACAAGUGUAGUGUUUAAGGACUGUUAAAUUAAUAUUUUUUUUUUAUUUUUAGUAUUUCAUGAGACUAUUUGUAUUAAAGAUAAUUACAAUAAAUUUUAGCUUAACAAAACUCUUAAUCAUUUAAUUAUUGAAGUGAAUGAAAUUCAAAAUAUAUAUUUUAAGGUGAA